UUUUUUCUUUAAAAAACAAGCAAACAAACAAACAAACAAACAAAAACCUAAAAUUGAAAUCCACUAUCACCCAGGUUCUACGUGGUGCUCAGUCAGCAUGGGUGUUAGGAAAGAUCGCUCCAGCAGGAGACGCAGUCGAGGAAAGGAAGGGCCAAGGAGAGGAACGUGCAUGUGGGCCUGCAGUUCUAAGUUAGUCUCAACACCACAGGCUGGACUUUGAUGCUACCACAGACCUCCUAGCCUGAAAUUUAUGGCUUUCACCUGCUCAGCGUGACAGGAAGCGGCUCCUCCCCAACGGUCCCACCCCUCUGUGGCCAAGCGAUUCCUGGAAACCCCAUUUCCAAGUGACCUCAUGGUGCAAUACGCUGCUCCCCACCCCAGGGACAGAAGGCGACAGAAGUGGAGAGCUAGGUCACCGGCCUGCCGCUGGGAAACGCUGGGUAGUCAAGGCGCCCUGGAGUUUGGACCUGCUUAGCUGCUGGGUGGUGGCCCAGGGUUCUGGGCGUGCCUGGGGCCGAGCCAGGUGACUUCGCUGAGCUGACAUUCCUGCUUUUCUUUCAGCCCCGGAUUCCUUUGCCUCUGUGACAGUGACGCACUCAAAAGUGACUCAGUUUCAGAGAAAGGAAAUUGUAGUGGACAGAGGCUGAAGACUGUGUGGACCGGCAGGGAAAGGCACGGUGAUGCCCUCAACCCGGUCCCUGCGGGGACUCCACCACGUAGCCUGUCCUGCCUGCACCCGGCCCCUGCGGGAUGCGGUGACCGUAGCCUGCGGACACAAAAUCUGUCUACUCUGCCUCCCUCACAUCCCGAUGGGGGCCAAGCUGCUAUGCCCGCUCUGUCAGGAGGAAGAGGAGCAAACCCAGGCCGCAGUGGCCCCGGUACCCCUGGGUCCCCUGGGCGAGACCUGCUGCGAGGAGCACGGAGAGAAGAUCUAUUACUUCUGCGAGACAGACGCGGAGCUGCUCUGUGUGUUCUGCAGAGAGGGCCCCGCCCACCAGGCGCACACCGUGCGGUUCCUCGAUGAAGCCAUCCAACCCUACAGGGAUCGUCUCAGGAGUCGGUUAGAAGCUCUGAGAAUGGAGCGGGACAAGAUGGAAGACAGGAAAUAUCAAGAAGAUCGGAAGCUCCAAGAGCUCCUGAUGCAGGUUGAAAGCAAGAAGCAACAGGUAGAAGCUGCCUUUGAAAGGCUGACGCAGGAGCUUGGAGACCAGAGGUGCCUCCUGAUGACCAGACUGGAGGGGCUAGAACAGCAGAUCUGGAAGGAGAGGGAAGAGUACAUCACAAAGGUCUCUCAGGAGGUCCAUUGGCUGGGCACCCAGGUUGAGGAGCUGGAGGAGAAGUGUCAUCGACCAGCAAGUGAGCUACUACAAGAUGCCAGACUCAACCAGAGCAGGUAUGAGUCGAAGACUUUUGUGAGUCCAGAGGCCAUUUCCUCUGAUCUUGUUAAGAAGAUUCGAAACCUCCACAGGAAAAUACUCGGCCUCCCAAAGAUGAUGAGGACAUUCUCAGAAAACUUGAUGCAUCAUCUGGAAACAGAUUCAGGUAAUCAGCAAGGGCUCUUGGGGGUGGGGGGUUCCAUUUAUCCAUUCCACCCAUAGCCAUAAACAGCAAUGAAAUGUAUUCACCUGGACCUUGAUUGCUUGGGAUCUUGGGUCUAUUAAGCCUUUUCUCCCCACCAUAGAAUGUAAACAAUAACAGAACCUAUACUAUAAACCCAUGUGAGGAUUAAAUAAAUUAAUUUAUACAAAGAGCUCAGCACAGUACUGGACAGAGUGAUUGAUGCAUGUUGUCAGCUACCUGUAUAGAUAUUCAUUCAAAAUAUUAAGCCCCUGAGCUUUGCCUAGAAUUAUGCUAGAAUAUCUGUAGAUUUGAACAAAUAUUGUAUAUUAUUAAAAACUAGCAUUUUGCUGUGUGUCGUGGCACAGUUACAAUCCCAGAACUAGAGGCAGUCAGAUUGACUGCCACAAGUUCGAGGUCAGCCUGAGCUUUGGAGUGAGUGCCAGGCCAGCCUCAGCUACUGAGACCUUUUCUAGAGGGGGGAUGGGAGGGGCUGGGUUCUAGGGCUGUAUUAAUAGCUUUCUGCUAGAGCUUGCUUGCCUAGAAUGCAUAAAGUCCCAGUACCACAAAAAAGGGACUGGGAGAGGAAAAGGAAGAGCAAAAAUAACAUUUGAUUUCAAAUUGGACCCUAAUUGCUCCCACAUGCACUUGCCUGUUCUUUUAUUGAUCCCUACUUCAACUUGCUGUAGAAACAUCAUCCAGACACCUGGUUAAAAUGCAGGCUUUUGUUUGUUUGGCCUAGGGUGGGGCCCAAGAUUCUGUCUUCUAACAGGCUUCUAGGCACUGUGCUGUGGUCUGGCCACCUCACUUUAAGAAGCAAAUUCUCAGGCAGAGUUGUCACAUCUGUCCUCCAGAAAUAGAGGCCUAAGAAGCAGGCAGCAUGGACGAUGCUCCAUCCUGGAAGUGUGUGUGUGAGGCCACUCUGGACCCUCAGAUUACGAAGACGUAAUGUCCACCUGAGUGUCAGCUGCACCGUGGGAGUGGCCCCUGAGGUGGCCAGGGUAAGGGGAGAGCAGGCCCUGGGACCAAGGACAGCGACUGGGCCAUGACGCUCUUGCUCCAGCUGGCUAGCACCUACUUGUACUGAACCAGAGGACACAGCUGUUCUUCACAGUGUAGACGUGGCCUGGACUACCAGGCUGGGUGAGAGACCCUGCAAACAUUCCAUACCUGGGCACCAAUUGCCAACUCUCUCUCCACUCUACCUCACCUGGAAAGCAAGUUCCUGCCUGACUUUGAAUGACUGAGGUGGAACCACGAAGUGUGGCAGUGACACCAGCACCCUGGAACCCAGCCCUGCCCCUAGCAUACAAAAGUGAGACUGGAGUUUAGUGUCUCGGGAUCUUGUAGAGUGUUUCUUAAUUGAUGUGUUGAGUAAACUAAGCUCCUUGUAGUCCUGUUCAUGGACAUGGUGUUCCCUCUGAGUAGAGAGCCAGAGGCAGGCAAGGUAGGCUACACCCUAGACAUCAGUAAGCUACGAGCCAAUGGGAUUUAGAAGGGAAAAAACAAAACCCCAUAAAAGCUUCAAAAUGAUCACUAUAGGGAAACCAGGACUGUUCAGCUUGCAUUAAUUUAUAGGAACUUUUGGACACAAAGCUGGAUAUGUUUUGGGAGCUCAUCAACUGCGGGUGGGCCCCAAAGCCCCCUCAGGUCAUUUAUCUAGGUUUUCAAUGCCCGAAUAAAGUAGGUGAUCCACAGGCCUUUGUGUUUUGUGUCUAUUGUGACAGUUCUGAUGUUCAAGACCUCUGAACAAUCCGUGUUAAAUGACUGGUCCGCAGGGUGGGAUGUCUUGAGGUCACUGGGGUGUGCUCUGGAAGAGGACUAUGGGAGCCUGGUUCAUUGUUUCCCAACUGAUGAGAUGUGUGACUUGCUCUGUCAAGCACACCUACCAGGAUAUGUUGCCAUGACAGAAGCCAAAAGCACUGAGACCACUCACUGAUCAUGGACUGCACUUUCAGAACUGUGUGAGCCAAAAUAAACUUUUUCUAGGUUG